ACGAUUGACACUUUCCAGUGAUAGAUGAGAUUUCAAGUUCUAAAAGCUAAGAGACACAGAAAGAGACCGGUAGUGUAGUGUGUAAACUCACUCCACUCUCUCAAUACCAAAAUCUCUUUCAGGGAACAAGAAAAAUGGCGAUUGCAAAGCUUCGAAGCGCUCGAGCGAUCUCAAAUGGAACCAAUGGAGUCCUGCGGAACUUAUUUUCCUACAGAUUCUUCAUCUCUACUGUCGCUAUGAUCUCGGUUUUUCUAUUUUCUGUUGUCUUUCUCUUCUCUUCUUCUUCGUUGAUAACCGAUUCAGUAGAUGUCAAGUUGGAUGUGGUUUCUUCUCGUUUUAAUGGCAUCCACUCUGUUCGGAGAUCCGUGCUUGCCGUGAAGUCUGAUCCCUUGAAACCGCGUGCGGAUCAGAUCCGGAAGCAAGCAGAUGACCACAGAUCUCUAGCCCUCGCUUAUGCUUCGUUUGCGCGAAAGUUGAAGCUCGAGAACUCGAAGCUUGUUAGGGUUUUUGCUGAUCUAACUCGUAAUUAUACAGAUCUGUUGUCCAGAUCGUCUUAUCGAUCUUUGUUUGUUUCCGAUGAUGUUUCAAUUGAUGAGUAUACGCUUCGCCAGUUCGAGAAGGAGGUCAAGGAACGGAUCAAGGUUACACGGCAAGUGAUUGCAGAAUCUAAAGAGUCUUUCGAUAACCAGCUGAAGAUUCAGAAGCUUAAAGACACUAUUUUUGCUGUCAACGAGCACCUCACCAAGGCUAAGAAACAAGGGGCUUUCUCGAGUUUGAUUGCUGCGAAAUCGAUUCCCAAGAGCUUGCAUUGCAUAACCAUGAGACUGAUGCAAGAGCGUAUUGAGCAUCCGGAGAAGUACUCUGAGGAAGGGAAGUUACCGCCGCCGGAACUGGAGGAUCCCAAUCUCUACCACUACGCUAUUUUCUCUGAUAACGUGGUUGCUGCUUCUGUUGUGGUUAAUUCGGCGGUAAAGAACUCGAAGGAGCCGUGGAAGCAUGUGUUCCAUGUUGUGACUGAUAAAAUGAAUCUUGGAGCAAUGCAGGUAAUGUUCAAGAUGAGAGAUUACAAUGGAGCUCACAUCGAGGUGAAAGCUAUUGAAGAUUACAAGUUCUUGAAUUCUUCUUAUGUUCCUGUUCUCCGUCAGCUUGAAUCUGCUAAUCUGCAAAGGUUUUAUUUCGAGAAUAAGCUCGAGAAUGCAACCAAGGACACAACGAACAUGAAAUUCAGGAAUCCCAAAUAUCUGUCUAUGCUGAAUCACGUGAGGUUCUAUUUGCCAGAGAUGUAUCCCAAGUUGCACAGGAUCUUGUUUUUGGAUGACGACGUGGUUGUUCAGAGGGAUCUUACUGGGUUGUGGUCGAUUGAUAUGGAUGGAAAGGUCAACGGAGCGGUUGAAACAUGUUUUGGGUCAUUCCAUCGGUAUGCUCAGUACAUGAAUUUCUCACAUCCUCUGAUCAAAGAGAAAUUUAAUCCCAAAGCGUGUGGAUGGGCGUAUGGUAUGAACUUCUUCGAUCUAGAUGCUUGGAGAAGGGAAAAGUGUACGGAACAGUAUCAUUACUGGCAGAAUCUGAAUGAGAAUAGAACAUUGUGGAAAUUGGGUACCCUGCCCCCAGGCCUGAUCACAUUUUAUUCUACUACCAAGCCUCUGGAAAAAUUUUGGCAUGUUCUUGGACUUGGGUAUAAUCCAAGCAUCGGCAUGGAAGAGAUCAGGAAUGCUGCUGUCAUACACUUCAAUGGGAACAUGAAACCAUGGCUUGAUAUUGCCAUGAACCAGUUCCGCCCUCUUUGGACAAGAUUUGUGGACUAUGACAACGAAUUUAUCCAGGCUUGCAAUUUUGGUCUCUGAAGGAAAUUGUUCAGGGUUCCUCCUAUGCUCUGAGCAUCAGAGAAUCAUGGAUAUGCCAAAUCAAUUCUCCCACAAGUAGUUAUUUUAUAAGGUCUGACGCAAUUGUUCAGACUGAUUUAAAUAUUUUUAUUCAUUGUGGUAGAUAUUAUAAGUCUCAAUCUUGUUAUUAUGUUCCACUGUCUUGUAUGAGGUUAGGGUUCUUUUGCUUUGCCCUUGUCUGUACAUUUCUUGAUCUGUACCCUAACUUUUGCCAAGGAUUGAUCAAGGUUGCUGGAUAGUAAGAGAGUACCUAGCUCUACUAUUCCAACAGGUCUGUUUGUUUCUUUAAAUUAUGAUUUAUUUCAUGAAGUAUGUGGUGAGGAAAUAGAAGGUGAUCUCCAACAGAUGAUGUUUAAUAGUGCUUUGUUUAAAUUUAAAUUCCAAUUGCAAUUUCUUGUGA